AUGGGAGACCCGCUGUACGCCAAGUACCCCGACCUGCAGCUGGCCCAGCAUGUCUUCCAGCUCACCAAUCCCGCCGCCUCGAAGCCGAUCAAGCAGUCGUCGCUCAAGACAGUGCAGGACGCCAUCCAGGAGAACAACAUGGCCCCGCUCUACCGCUACCUCGCCCACCCCACCGAGGGCGUGCUGAACGCUUCGGGCGAAGGCUCCUCGGACCAGCACGUGAGCCACCGCAGACCGUCGGCCAGCAUCGCCAGCAUGCUCGCCACACGGACGCCCGCCCUGGAUGCGCCGCUGUCGUGGGACGAGAAGCUGUACGAGCGCUUGAAGGCAGAGAACGAGGCCGAGCUGGAGACGAUCCAGAAGGAGGAAGACGAGGCGGCCGAGAAGGCAGGCGAGACAGAGGUGCAGGCAGCGCGGGGCAAGCGGGCAGAGCUGUACAACCGCAUAGGAGACAAGGACAAGGCCAUUGCGAGCUACGAGGCCAUCUUCGAGAAGACGGGCAUCCUGGGCACCAAGAUUGACAUUGUCCUCGCCAUAAUACGCAUUGCGCUCUUCUUCGGCGACAAGGUGCUGGCGAAGAAGACGAUUGAGCGAGCGAGCACAUUGGUCGAGUCUGGCGGUGAUUGGGACCGCAGGAACCGUCUCAAGGCCUACACCGGCCUGCACCUGCUCACUGUCCGCUCACACGCACAAGCGGCGCCCCUCCUCCUCGACAGCCUGUCCACGUUCACCAGCUACGAGCUGUGCAGCUACUCGAACCUUGUCGUCUACGCCAUCCUCGCCGGCUCCUCGUCGCUGAAGCGCGUAGACUUCAAAUCCAAGGUUGUCGAUGCACCAGAGAUCAAGGCCAUUGUGGGCAGUGGAGAGGAGAAGCUCUCAGCCAUGACAGGGUCCGCGGCGGGUGACGAGGACAUGACGGAUGCAUCAGCCUCGACGGCAGCGCCCGCGCCGGCUGCCGUCAACCUGACAACACUCGGUGGCCAGCACGACAAGGAGGUCCCUGUCGACUUCUCGCCGCUGUCCAAGCUUGUCAAGAGCCUGUACGAGGGCAACUACAAGAACUUCUUCACCGCGCUGGGCGAGGUCGAGACCAACUUUCUCAGCCAGGACCGAUACCUCUACGAGCACCGCGGCUGGUACGUGCGCGAGAUGCGGCUGCGGGGCUACCAGCAGCUGCUGCAGUCGUACCGCGUCGUCGGUCUGCAGAGCAUGGCGAACGACUUUGGCGUCACGGUCGAUUUUCUCGACAAGGACCUCGCCAAGUUCAUCGCCGCCGACCGCAUCCCGUGCACCAUUGACCGCGUCAAGGGCAUCAUCGAGACCAACCGCCCCGACGACAAGAACAGGCAGUACGUAGACGUGGUCAAGCAGGGCGACCAGCUCAUCACAAAGCUGCAGAAGUACGGUCAAGCCGUCAGGCUGAGGGGCAGCGAGCGCGGUUGA